AUGUCAAGUGAACACGACAGAGCUGUACUGAACUGUAUAUUCAAUCCUCUGUUGCCAGUGGGUGAAUUGGUAUAUGAGGAAGAAUUGCCUAAUGAUAUGCAAGAUAUUGAAGAUAGAAUAACAGAUGUAGAAGAAGCUAAGGGUUUGGAACUUGAAGGUGUGAAGGCUGCAGAAUCAGGGGACCUUGAUAAAGCUGUAGGACUGUUUACAAGCGCAAUAAACAUAGCACCAAACUGGGCAUCAGGGUACAACAACAGAGCUCAGGCUCACAGACUUAAAGGAAAUACUCCAGCGGCUGUUGCUGAUUUAAAUGAAGCUAUCCACCUCAGUGGAGGACAAGGCAGAUCGGGAUGUCAGGCAUUGUGUCAACGAGGUAUCAUGAACAGAAAGGAAGGCCUCGUUGACUUGGCGAGAAAAGAUUUUGAAGCUGCUGCCAAACUUGGUAGUCAUUUUGCAAAGAUGCAGCUUGUUGAACUAAAUCCUUACGCUGCACUCUGCAGUCAGAUGUUACAUGAUGUAACGGGAAAACUCCAACAGACUGGACAGAAAUGAAAAAUAGUAGGAUCUACAUUAAGGAACCUAUUACCAAAUGCUUAACUGGAAUUGAGUUCUUAUAAUUCCUACUACGUACUAUGCGCGUAUGCAUAGACUGCGUUCUUAACAACAGACCUCCUCCUGGGUCAGGUAUGUCUGGUGGUGGUAUAAAAUUAUGUUAUUCUUAUGCGAUUGAUUUGAUUCUGAUUGACAUAUCUGCUGUAAAGCACUUACAAUUAAAACCAUAGGAUGUACACAUAAUAACACUGCUUCCUGUGGCCAAUUGAUGUACUACUGGAAAGCAUUGUAGUGACUCAUAACCGUGGUCAGAACUCAGACAAUAAUAAAGGUGCUGGAGAUACUAACUGAAAUUUAAAGUUGGUUGUGGUCUUUGACACUAAACAUGGUGGUGGUACAUUUUUCUGAAAUGUUAUUAACAGCAUAACAAACCAGAACAUGAUUGCACUGAUUCCAGGCCUCAUAAUCAACAAAACUAUUUCUGGACACUAAAAUUAUUACUCUUUAAAGAUAUUUUAAUCAUAGCUGUAAGAUUAUUUUUGUUUUUAUAGGAAGAAUACCUUGAUUGUGGCAAGUGAAUGCAGUUAACAGCUUACUAAUCACUUUCCCCUCUACUUUACUGGUACAGCAGCUUUCUGAGGUGGGAGCAAACAAAAGGCAUAUUCUGUCCUGUUCUCACCGACAAGAAGACUGUGAGAAUGACGUCCGGCAGAGAUUACCAGGUUAACAUGGGUUUUCAGACCACAGUGUGGUGUGGUAUUCUUCAUGUUCCCGAAAUCCAAGCUUUGGUAAAAACUGAAGGCAUGGCAUUUCUGCACCUAAAUCUCACUAGGAUCUGAAUCUAGAAACCUCUGAAUGGGAUACCAUUUCUUCAUACCUAGAUGAGCAGGCCCCAUAUUAGAACAUAUUGGUAAUGCAGAUGUCACAAAAUAAGAAAAUUUUAUGUAUGGGCAGGGGUGGAACAUUCAUGUUACCUAUCUUACCCCAGAUGACACUUUGAAUAACAAAAAGUAGAAGGUCUUCUGUCUUAUUUGUGUAGUUCAGUGGUACUCCGUAGACUGGAACAUCACAGAACUGAUCAGAUAAAAUGUAUCGUUAGAAGCAAGCUCACUUGGCUGGCUGGAAAUGGUAAUCAUUGCAUUUUAUCUGAUCAUUCCAAUGUACUAAAUCGCAAAAGUAGAACCUUUUAUUUUUUGUUUCCCAAAAUGCUUGCCAGCAAACACAGUUAACACAUAUGCUCCGUCCCUGUGUACAGGUUGUGUUCCAUGCACAGGUCAUAAUUAAGCUGUUCAAUGUUCCUGCUCACCUUGGAUGUAUUUCAGACCUUGUAAAAAAAAUUAUAUAAAAGCUCAUACUUUUCUGAUACACAAGAUUUAUUAUAACUGGUACAGAUCGAUGACAAGACAAAACAAAAUCUGCAUCACUCAGACUUUAAACAGCCAUAUUAAUGGACAUUACUUUGGCUGACAAAACAGUUACAUAUUGCAUAUACUUUUAAGAUCUGCUUUGUAUCAACAUAUGCUGAGAUGCAUCUACAUAUAUAUGUACAUACAUACAGUAUUUAUAAUCUGAUGGGAAAUAUGUACCUAUGCAGAACAUAGUGCCUUUGAUACCUGAUACACUGCUCAUAUUAUGUAAAACAUGUCAUCUGUGUAUUGCAACAUUCUAUUUGUAUAAUGUAAACCAUUCUGAAAAUAAAGAAGCUGUUUAAAUUAUA